GACAGAAUAGAAUAUUGAAAAAAUCUGGAUAUUGGCGAGGAGCGAAAGGAGGGAGGGACGAGGUAUUGGCAUGGCAGACUGCGAAGUUCUCUCUACCGCAAUGGCCACAGUCUUUCGUAUAUCACCGAGUCGUCCAAGACUAGCUUCCCAUCUGCCAAGACCCAUAUUUGCCUUGGCAUCAGAAUUCAUUUCCCCAGCUCCAUUCACAAAUCGCCAGUUCCAGCUUCUUCACUCCCACAGGUAUCACAACAAAGGUUUGAUUCGCAGACGGUCGUCUUUCAGAAACGAGAGCAACUCCCCAUCUGAGACAGAGUGCCCUGUUCCCCAUGACCAGCAGCCCAUAAACGAGUACCAGUCCCUAUCGACUUCCUUCCCCUUUUCAUGGGCUGCUGGCGAUGUUGUUGAGUACACUUCUCGUCUAUUCGUCACCGGCGCUUCUUUUGCGCUCUUUAUCGGACUCCCAGUUUCUUGGUUUGGCUCUGUUGGGGCUGAAUCGGAGCCCUUGAAGCGAAUUUUAUGUGCUACUUCUAGUGGGGUCUUUGCGGUGAUUCUUGCGGUCGUCAGAAUGUAUCUGGGCUGGGCUUAUAUCGGCAAUCGCCUGCUCAGCGCCACCGUCGAAUAUGAGGAGACGGGAUGGUACGAUGGCCAGAUAUGGGUGAAGACUGGUGAAAUUUUGGCACGUGACCGCCUCCUAGGAUCAUACACUGUUAAGCCUGCGCUUAGCAGAUUGAAACUUACUUUGGUCAGUCUGGCUACAUUAUUAUUUGCAUUCGUUCUUAUCCUGGUCAACAUUGAUGGGAACCAAAAUAACUCGUAUCUAACAUCGAAAGAGGCUGGAGUUCGGGUGAUACCUGGUGUUUACAAUGAUGAUUCUGCAAAAUCCUUUGAACCAGAUGCCUUCUGUGGUGAACCUGAUCUUCAAUGAUGACCUCUCUUCACAACUAAAGCCUUGACCCUCCAUGUGUAGUAUUAAUUUCAGGGAAGAGGCAACCCGUAUAUACUGUAGCAUAUUAUAUAGUUCCUGUACAUAUUUUUGUUGUGUGGUACUCUCCCGGUCUUAAAUAUGGGACCGAAGGAGUACCUUCCUCAUUGCCUUUGUCCCGUGGCAUUGUAGUGUACUAUGAAAUAAACAUGUCGUUUUUUUUUUUUUUCCUUUUUCGA